GCUCAACACUUUCUUUCAGACUCUGUACUAGUGAAUGAGCUGAUAAAUAGCAUUCACCAAUAUGAAUGAUAUAAACGAGGAUGGAAUAGUAAGUGGGUGUAUAAUGAUAUUUAUAAACGGAGCAGCACUAGUCCUCAAUAUCAUGGUAUUAAUUAACCUGGUGGUCAAUAGGCGGGUUCUACCCCCAUACAUGUGGCUGGUAUUCAACCUCACUGCUGCUGAUAUUCUCUUUGCUUUCCUAGGUUUGACAAUAAGAGGUCCGGGGAUGAUAUACUACGAUUAUUACACCUCCAGUGAAGCAGGCAGAGUACUUUGCAUCCUCUUUUUCUAUGCUGUAUACCCAAUUAUAUCUGUGAACUUCAACACUUACAUUUUGCUGGUUUUUAACCAGUUCAUGGUUAUCAGCCGACCAUUACAGUAUGGCUCGCAGGACAAUAGUCAAAAGAGAAAGAAGAAAAUAUUGCUAGCAAUAGCAGGAACCUGGGGAGUGGCUCUAGGUUAUCUUGGUAUAUACAUUCUUCUUGUACACACCGGUGUUGGAACAGCAGAAUUCGAUCCUGAUAUGAGCCGCUGCGCCCUAACUAGCACAGAAAAAGGUAAAGUAACUCACAUGAUCCUUCAAACCAUCUUUAUCAUUGUACCUUCCUUCACCUGCCUGGGUCUAUACCUUGGGAUUGUCUUCAUCCUAGUAAAGAACAAGAGAAAGCAGAUAGGAGGAGUAACCAACCACGCCUUCAUCACCAUCACAACCCUGCUAGCUCUCUUCUACAUUUCCCACUGGCCCUCACUACUGCUCCGAGAUAUCCCCCGGCUUCUACAGACCAAGAUGAAACUUCCAACUUCUCUAAAUAUAGCAACCUCUGUGUUCUACUAUUUGAAUGGUCUGACAGAUCCAGUGAUAUAUGGGUACAGGAGCAAAUACCUUUUCACACGUGUGAAGACACAGAUCGGGCUGUCGUUUUCACGUCACAGCACGGUGGGAGUAUCAUAUCCCACCAAGGUACAAAGUCCUGAAGCGAGCCUCCAACGGAGUGAUGUCGAACGGAGCAAUCAAGAGAUUCCUCUGGUAAACAUCAGUACAAAAUCAGUUUAGACAUUUAUAUUGUAUGUGUAUCAUAGAAAUUAGGAACAAUGAUGAAUGAACUGCAAGGAAAUAGUUUAAGCCAGGGUGCAGGAGUAAUCACUUUA